GAGGGGCGACCUAGCCGGCCCGGCUUCCCGGCGGCGCCUCGGCCUGGCCUGUCCCAAGUGGCCGGAGCGGGCGGGCGCGGAGCCGCGCGGGGGUGAGGCCGGGGAAGAGGCGGCCUCAGCCGCCCCGCCCCCGGGGCUGCGGUGGGCUCCGCCGCUACUGGCCUGGGGUUUGCUUUCUUUAAAAUUCUCGGAAAGCAGAAAAACAGAUCCUGCCUCUGCCAGCCUCUGGGACCGGUGGGAAAUUUCCCAGCCAGGCUCCGCUUUCUGGAGCCACGAGUGCUAACUCCCCUAGAGCGGGCAUAACUGAGAGUGACUGGAGGCGCCCUGGGCCAGGGUCGCGCUUGCACCCAUCCCAGGGCUUUUUCCUUGAGACUUCUCAUGCCAGAAGUUCCUGUAAAGACUUCAGGCAGCCUGGAAGGGCCUUCUCGUGCCCGGAGUUCCCACGAGGAGGGACCCAAGAUGGGUCGCCGAGCUCAACAGGAGUCAGCUCAAGUCGAGAAUCAUCUCAGUAGCAAGAACUCCUCUUCAAUUCUGACUGGAGAGGCUCCCCCUCCCAAACCGCCCCGCAGGCAUGGAGGCUGGGCAGAUGAUUCCAUGAAGGCUUCAAAGUCAGGAAGGAGGGCUUCUGAAGAAAUAGAAGAUCACCGCCUCAGACAGCAGAGCUUGGAUGGAUCAGAUGAUGGAGGAGACAUUCCUGUUAUUCCGGAUCUGGAAGAAGUACAGGAGGAAGACUUUGCUUUGCAGGUGGCCGCCCCUCCCAGCAUCCAGGUAAACCGGGUGAUGACCUUCCGUGACCUGGACAAUGACCUCAUGAAGUACGCAGCCUUCCAGACCUUGGAUGGAGAGAUCGACCUGAAGCUACUCACCAAAGUCCUUGCACCAGAGCAUGAGGUGCGAGAGGAUGACGUCAGCUGGGACUGGGACCAUCUGUACACUGAGGUGUCCUCCGAGCUACUCACCGAGUGGGACCUGCUGCAGGAGGAGCCUGUGGGACAACCCAUGCAUCCCUGAGCCCUGGGGGGUCAACAGCCUGCUCUCCCCGCACAGAGUAAUUUCUGCUUUGGACUUGAAAAAAAUGCCAUAAGCCUAAACCUAAAGAAGCUUGCAAGCAGCUUAGAAUUUUUUAAUGGAAUAUUUUGUAAUAAAAAUACUGUUUUCAGUAGACCACAUUGGAGCAUUCGUUGUAAUAAAUUACUUUAUUCUGUG